AUGGCCCAACAAGUAUGGGCUUUCGGUUUGAAUUCACAUGAACAAAUUGCAUUAUCAAAGGCUGGAGACCUUGUUACACCACACUGUAUGGACGCAGGAGAUAACAUUGGUGUUUUAUAUGCUGUAAAACGAGACGGCCAUCUGUACCAUUACGGAGGUAUGACUGGAAGACACGCUAGAAAGCUUACAAGUCCGAGAAACUGUACAAUCACCAAGUUCUUUGGUACACACGACGGUCUCCGAGGUGGCAUCACCGAGCUCGGUCAGCUUGCUCUUCUCGAAAACGACACUUUCACACUUCAAGGUAGCCUCGGCACUUGUCCUCUCCUUGCGGACAUUGCUUUAAUAAACUCUGGACAUGUCGCUGCUGUGAUCUUGACCUCACGGGUCGAGAACUGGGAGGUCCUUGAGUUCCAUAACGUGACUUCCUUCAUCGACUGGUAUAAUACACCAAUCUCUGAGGCCACUCAUGUAGUCAACCUCGCAAUCACAAGCAGCACAGCUGGUGAAUCUAGACCCAUAAGCACACCAUUAGUUAGUCAUAAAGGAAACGGACGCCAUAUCCAGCUCGUCGCCAGCUCCACCUGCUUCGCCCUCCUUACCGAAUCUAACGACCGCGGGGUCGUUCGAAGCACAAUCUACACAUGGGGCGAAGCUCGCUCACACAGCGCUCUAGGCAGAUCGGUUGAUGAGCAUAAUCCACCGACCAGCCCAGGAAGUGUCUCUGCCCUCGAGGGUCUGCGCAUCUCGAAGAUCGCCAGUGGAGGCUACAUGAGCGCGGCUCUAACUGAAGACAGAGACCUAUACCUCUGGGGACAAGCGCAACCAGGUCGUGGCCUGCUGAUCGAUGACAUGAGAGCUCACAAUGAUGAUGACGUCAAGCUGGCGAAUGUCAUUUCACCGUCCGAACAGGGAGACACGAUGGAUAUACGGGAUGUGGCCGUCGGAAACGGCCAUGUUGUUGUCAUCACACAAGAUCGACGAGUAUUCGUUGCGGGAAGCAAUACGAAUGGACAGCUAGGUACAGGAGACGCCGAAGCUUUCGUACCAUACUGGAAGGAGAUCAACCUUCUGCGUGAAAUAGCUUUGGGUGUGGUUUGUGGAGACAAGACAACCUAUGUUGAAACGAUCAGGGGUCACAUCGCGUUGGGCUCUGGUCAUGCUGAAGCGAAUGUUUAGCUUAUGGAUAGGGAUUUGAAGUAGAGGGAUUCAAACAGCCUUCAAACCAGUCCACUCACGGAUUGAAUGCAAAUUGUCGU